AUGGUUGGCAUCUUAGCAGAAAACCUCGCGGUCAGCGACGGGCCGUUGAACUCGGAAAAUGCGACCCUUCUUCGUCCUUCGGAUCCCACACUGCCCCUCGAGGAGCUCCACAAGAGGUAUGAAGAAGACGGAUAUCUGUUCUUGAAACAAGUCCUCCCACGAGAGGAUGUCCUCGAGGCUCGCAAUGCAUACUUUUCAUACCUCAAGUCUACUGGCGUUCUCAAACCUGGCUCCGAGCCAGUUGAAGGCAUCUUCGACCCCGCAAAAAGUCAUGAAGAUUACCCUGGCAUUGGAGCAGGACAUGCUGAUGGGAAUGGAAGGCCCGGGGGUGAACAGGCGGCGGCAUUUGUAGAUCUUGCUUUGGAUGCUCAUUACCAACAUUGGUAUGCAGAGAAGUUUUGUAACCACCCCGCGCUUUAUGACUUUGUUGCAAAAUUUUCUGGUUGGAAUAAAAAUACCCUCAGCCUGCGCCGCACUUUACUGAGGAAUAAUAUCCCCGGUUCUAAGCCAAUUGGAGUGCACUAUGAUCAAAUCUUCUUACGGCACGGCGACCCAACAAGUAUUACUGCCUGGGUUCCCAUGGGUGAUAUUAAGUUGAAUGGUGGUGGGCUCAUCUAUCUGGAGAAUGGGGACAGCAUUGGUGUUGAGCUAGAGCAGGCAUUUUACAAAAAGGCAAAAAAAGCAGGGUUGAGUGAUGAAGAGGCCAAAAACGCCUUCAACUCAAACAUGAUGGCCACUGGGUUGUUAUCGGAAUUCCCCGCUGAAUUUGCUCGUGAAAAUGGUCGACGUUGGCUAGUCUCAGCCUACGAGGCGGGUGAUGUUGUCUUGCACAAGCCUCACAUGAUCCAUGCAUCGACGCUGAAUCACGAUCCAGAUAAUGUGAUUCGUCUUGCAACCGACCUUCGAUUCUGCGAUUCUUCAAAGCCGUAUGAUAAGAGAUGGAUGAAUCAUUAUACCUUCAACGAUGGUGUUUAG